AUGAAGUGUUUUCACUUCACUAAUGGCGAUAGGAGAGCUGAUGGUGACGAUGCCGUCGUUUCGAGGUCGUCUGCUAGGGUGUCAUGGGCUCGUUCCCUCAGCGUAGCGUCUAGCAGCGUCGACACAACUCGACGUUCCGAGUUCGACGCCGACUGCAACUCCAGGGAUUUCUGUGACUCGGUAGGGUUCUUUGAGAUGUUGAGUCAACGCCGUGCCAACGAUCUGCGAGUUUUCAAGUUCGCCGAGUUGAAGUCUGCCACCAAAGGGUUUAAUCGAGCCCUUAUGAUAGGUGAGGGAGGAUUCGGUUGCGUUUACAGAGGAGUUGUUAAGGCCGCCGAGACUGUCGCCGGCGGAGGUAAUGAUACGAAUGGGUGUUUGGAUGUUGCUAUCAAGCAAUUGAAUCGCAAUGGAUUCCAGGGGCAUAAGGAGUGGAUUAAUGAAGUUAACUUUUUGGGAGUAGUCAACCAUCCAAAUCUUGUGAAGUUAGUAGGAUACUGUGCAGAAGAUGAUGAAAGAGGGAUUCAACGCCUUCUAGUUUACGAGCUUAUGAGCAAUAAAAGCUUGGAAGACCAUCUAUUGGGCCGUGCAAAUUCUCCUCUUUCAUGGAUGACACGUUUACGAAUUGCUCAAGGUGCAGCUCGCGGUUUGGCUUACCUACAUGAAGAAAUGGACUUUCAGCUAAUCUUUCGAGAUCUCAAAACUUCAAACAUUCUUUUGGAUGAGGACUUUAACCCCAAGCUCUCAGACUUUGGACUCGCAAGACAGGGUCCAGCUGCCGGACUUACCCAUGUUUCUACAGUCGUUGUGGGAACAGUUGGUUAUGCAGCUCCGGAAUACGUUCAAACGGGUAGACUUACUGCCAAAAGCGAUGUUUGGAGCUUCGGGGUGGUCCUGUAUGAGCUUAUCACCGGUAGACGAGCAGUGGAGCGAAACUUGCCUCGAAACGAACAAAAACUUUUAGAAUGGGUGAAACCUUACAUCUCAGAUUCAAAAAAGUUCCACCUCAUUGUCGACCCGCGUCUUGAAGGAGACUACUCCCUGAAAUCCGCCCACAAGCUUUCAUCUUUAGCCAACAAAUGCCUGACAAAGAACCCGAAAUCCCGACCCAAAAUGAGCGAAGUGGUCGAGAUGCUGGGGAACAUCAUCGAUGAUGUGUUGCCACCUCCAGAGGAAAGCGAACCCGAGACCGCAGAAGAGAGCGAAGAAGGUCCGGACCAAUUUGAGUCGGGAAAAGAAGGGGGUAACUACAUGAGGAAGGUUUAUGAAUUUAAAGAAUUGGUGAGCUUGAGGAACCGAUCGAGUGGAAGAUUGGAUUGGCGAUGUUGGAUGCAAGGGGGUCGAUGAAAACCCGAGCUUGUUGUACUGUAUCCCAUUCGUUUAUUCUAUUCUAUUGAUGUCAUACUUGCAUUUAACUAAUUAAUCAAAGAAACUACGAUCGUCUUCCACU